AUAAAGUGAUAUAAAAGAUACCCAGUCCGUAGAGGAUAGGCCUACUUAUCAGCAUGGAUAAACGGUAUCCUGAGGAACAUCCACGAAAUCUGAUCCCAGCUCUUCUGCGGCAGUUUUAUGAUUUAGGUUGGGUAACUGGUACAGGAGGGGGGAUCAGCAUCAAAGAUGGAAAGGAAAUUUACAUAGCUCCUUCAGGUGUCCAGAAAGAGAGAACACAGCCAGAAGACAUGUUUGUACAAACAAUUGAUGAUGAAGACAUAAGUGCCCCUCCGCCCGCUAAAAAGUUAAAGAAGAGUCAGUGUACACCUUUGUUCAUGUGCUCGUACAAAAUGAGAGAUGCAGGAGCAGUAAUACACACACAUUCAAAAGCAGCAGUCAUGGCAACACUUUUGUACCCAGGCACAGAAUUCAGAAUCACCCACCAAGAAAUGAUAAAAGGCAUCAAGAAGUGCAAAUCAGGUCAGUAUUACACAUAUGAUGAAGAAUUGGUGGUUCCUAUAAUAGAAAAUACACCUUUGGAAAAAGAUUUAAAGGAAAGAAUGUCGUGUGCUAUGAAAGAUUACCCAGAAUCCAGUGCUGUUCUAGUUCGUCGCCAUGGUGUUUAUGUCUGGGGAGAGUCAUGGCAGAAGGCGAAAACAAUGUGUGAGUGUUAUGACUACCUCUUUGACAUUGCUGUACAGAUGAAGUCUGUGGGGCUGGACCCCACAGAAGUCCCAGUCCCCCCAAAAGGAGCUUACUUACAAUAAUAUAGCUGACUUGGAAUUCUAGAGUUCUCUGAUUAGUUUUACCAAUUUACAAUGAUUAUAUCCAUGACUAGGAAUGUUAUAUUUCUUUUAUUACUUGUAUUAGUCCAAGGGAGGUUAUGCAUUGGCUAAGCAUCUGUCAUCUGACUGUACGAGAAUCUGCUUUGUCUGUUAACAGUUAAAAUACAUAUAAAGUUGAACUGUGGUAUAUCAGAUGUAGGUAUCUAGAAUAACAUGAAUAUGUGGAAAUGAGAUGGAAGUUCCAACCAUGUUUUUUUUUUAAUGUUUUUUGACCUCAAUAUCUUGACCCCUUUGUUAUCUCGAAGUUUUUUUCUCGGUCCCACUGAGAAAUAACAAGGUUUGACUGUAUUUCAAAAUGCAAAAAGCCUUAUUCUACAGUUUUUAUCUAAUUUUAUCAGGUUUCAUAAAAUUUUGUUUUAUAUAACAUGCAGACUACUUAAGUAUACAUUCCCUAAAAAAGUGUAACCACUUCUACAAAAUUUGUUGAUUGUAAUAAAGUAUGAUGCAAAAAAGGAUGAAGUAAAGAUACAUGUAUGUAAUCCUUCAAGAUUUUUUAAAAUAUGAAUUGGACCUAUAGGUUUGUAAUGUACAGUGCAUCAAGAUGCUUAAAUAAUAAAUAUCUUUUAAUAUCAUUUUUUCAGUUCCAGUAAACAGUAUUGCUGCUGUUUCAGUACUAUAAAUCUAAAAUGAAAAGCUUCAAAAUCAUUUUUGCAGGUCUGUUCUAUAGAAAUUAAAUGAAAAAAAAUAUUACAGUGCACUUUCUUUUCAAUUUCAAAAAGAAAUGUUAUAAGUCAUGUUGUGUUUUAGUUCCUACUUGUCAAGUCCAAACCAGUUGAUUUUCAGUCUCAUCAGGGACUUCUUGGACAUUUAUGUUUUGGUCAUUAUUUGUUGAAUAUUUUAAUUCAUUCAUAAAAAAAAGAAUGUUUCUGA